AUGAGCACUUCGAACAAGGCUUGCUGCACGAUCGCGCCCGUUCAGACCGACUACCAACCUAAGGGCACGUACGAGGAUAUCGCUAGCAUCAAGACGUACGUGGUUGGCCCGAAGGAUGCCAAGAAGGUGCUGCUGUGCAUCUACGACAUUUUCGGUUUCUGGGCCACCACGCAGCAGGGCGCCGACCUGCUGGCCGACAGCCUGCAGGUGAAGGUGAUUAUGCCCGACUUUCUGCGUGACCACCCCUGGCCGAUCGAUGGAUUCCCGCCGCGCAAUGAGGAAGAGGGUCAGCGCCUCGGCAAGUGGUUCGACACGAUCGCCAGCAUCCCCGACCGCCUGGGCGACAUUAAGAACGUCGUGGCGGAACUGAAGAGCCAAGGUGUGGAGAAGAUCGGCCUGUAUGGCUUCUGCUGGGGCGGCAAGAUCGUCAGUCUGAGUGGCGACGAGGGCACGCCGUUCGUCGGUGUGGCGCAAGCGCACCCCGCCUUCGUGACCCCCGAGGACGCGAAGAAGGUGACGGUGCCCCUCGCCUUCUUCCCGUCGAAGGAUGAGCCGAAGGACGAUGUGGAUGCCUACUGGGCCAACUUCACGCAGGCGCACCCGGAGCUCGUGGAAAAGAGCCGCUUCCACCACUACACCGAUAUGUUCCAUGGCUUUGGCGCUGCGCGUGCCAACCUCAAGGACCAGGACAACUACUUUGCAUUCCAGGACCUGUACACGCGCCUGGGCGACUUUUUCAAGCCCCUCUUGGCCUAG